AUGACCAGUCCAUCGGGCUCCAAGGCCAGCAACAGCUCAACAGCUCCAUCGACCGCAUCCCGGAAACAGGCUCUUGCCAUGCCGCUCCAAUCACCACAGCAUUCACUUCGCGGUCGGAGUGCGACCGUAACGGGUACACCUACUAGCAGAUUUCCACAACCCAGACAGCACAGUUUCCAAAGCGCAUGGACAUCCAAUGACCUGGCUGCCUCUGACCGGCAAGUUUUCUCCGUACCGUCAACAAACAGUGGGAGUCGUCCGCUAUCCUUAGCGCAAAAAGUCAAACGAUUCCUGACAACACGCUCAAGGCCCAACCUAAAGGAAGACGCUGGCCCCAUCAGCCCAUUGGGAUCAGUACCGCAGCUACCCAUUACAAGGCUAGACACCAGAUCUAGGGGCGAUACUGGCCAACGCAUCCGAUCUGAUCCGAUUUCGUUGAGUACCAGCAACCUCUUCAAACCGCCACGUACAUCAGACGGUAGUUUUGUCACUGCACGAGAGUACCUGUCUCUUGACCCUCCCCCGGCCUCUUACCGCAUCUCAUCGCCUACUGCGCGAGAGUCUGAUACGUUGCUGCAGUUGCUGCGAUUACAGACAGGGGCUCCAUCCACAACAGACUUGCGAGAGCCAGACACGCCAUCGCUGAAGCAGAUGGAGACGCAACUGGAUGAUCCGGAUAUCGCUGCAUUGCGAACUAAAACGGCAGCCUUUAUCACUUCGCUCAAAACAUCCACGUCUGACUUUGACAGUGUCUUGACGUCGUUGGUCAUGUUUCAGCGAGAAACGGAGAGUGCCAUUAUCCGUCGGAUGAGUGCAGAGCGACGAAAGCGCAAGCCACUGCCGUACAAAGACUUGUAUCGCAGUUCUGAAGAGACAUCCGUGUCGCCAACAGACUAUCCCUCCGAAUUUUUGACAUGUGUGGGUGGUCGAACAACCACGGGUGUUGACGGACAGAGGGGUACGAUUGACCAAGUGACGCAUCUGCAGCCUCCACCGCCAAAUUUUAGUAUUCCAUGGCAUCAGCAGCGUCCUUCAAGCGAUCUUGUGUUGCCGCCACCUGCACUGGAGCCAAAGGACAAGACAUUGCUCGACAGCAGCGGUAUUGAGGCAGACAAGACGCCCUUGCAAGUUCGUCGUUGCGUACGCAAGAAUUCAGAAGACAGGCAGCGAAAUCGCAAGUCGACUGUGAUUGAAGCACGCUGCUACACGGCCUCGACUUCAUUUCAUGAGCCUAUUCCGGUGUCGCCUGAGAAGGCACGUUCUUCAGUUUGCACGACGCCUAGAUCGCCGCAAACUGCAUCACCCAAUUUGACAGCAGCAUCGACGAAGACUGGUGCCCCUGAGUCUGCACACAGGCCGUCGUAUGAGCGUAGACGGCGGGUUCCAUCGAGCACAGAGGGUAAAUCUGACUGCUCAGUGCUGUUUGUCUAG